AUGACUCCAGAAAUCCCCCCAGAUGCUGUUCAGAACAGAAGCCUUUGCAGUUUACCACCGCUGGAGAGAAGGUGCUUGGUGGGAGUCUUUGUGGAAAUAAUUGUCUCUCCUAGCCAGUUCUACAUCCACAUCUGCAGCAGCGAAACAUCUGAUAAACUGCAGGAUAUGAUGGUUGAGAUGAGACACUGUUACUCAAAUAAACUUGUUUCUGAUCGUUAUAUCAUGCCUGAGUCUUCAGUACAGCCUGGACAGCUUUGCUGUGUAGCAAUCUCAAAAUGGUGGUACCGUGUUAUCAUCCACCGUGUGAUCAAUGACAAAGAUGUAGAGGUUUUCUACCCGGAUUACGGAAACCUCGAAAUUGUCCGAAAGUCUUGGCUGAGAUUCCUCAAGUGGUGUUACUUGAAGCUUCCUGCUCAGGCCAUCCCAUGUUCCUUGGCAUGGGUAAAACCCGUGGAGGGUAUGUGGUCCAGUGCAGCAACUCUCCUAUUUAAGAACCUGUGUAGUUCCAAGAUACUUGUGGGCAUUGUGGAUGAAUAUGUCAAUGGCAUUUUGCAUCUUUUCCUGUGUGACACAUCCACUAAGGAGGAUGUCUACUUCCACUGUGUCUUGAAGGAUAAAGGAUAUGCUGACAUCUGCGGAAAUAACAUUCCUUCUGAGGGAUUCAAGGAACUGAAUCCUUUGGCCUUGUAUGUUCAGCCCAGUGAGAAGUGGGAGAAUGCUGAACUGGUGGAACCAGAUCUUUGCUUGCAGCAGGAGUCUCUAGAUGCAGAUAGUGCAACAGCAACUUCAAAGCUGGUUGGGGAUGAACUGUGUGAUCAGCAAUGGCACCUGUCUGAUAAGGAGGAGACACAAGAUGAUGUGCAGCCAUUUUUGGAGGAAGUGAGUGUCCCAGGAACAACAGAGCAAGACACUGAACUUGCACAGGAGGAUGAAGAGCAAAUGAAGAGCAAAGACCAUCCCGGGGGUCUUGCAGUUAGCCUGUGCUUUGCCAGUGGGCUGUCUGAAAUGGGGCUGUCUCGGAAACUCUGUGUCCCUCCUACCACGCUACCUGCAGUGCUGGCAGCUGCACGCUUAGCCUCUUCCAGUAACUACUUCCACUGGCUCCCCAGCCUGAGAAAAAAGUGCCAGGUCCCUGCCUGUGCUGGCAGACAGAAGGGUGUCAUUACCUGGGAUAUAGUGGAAUGGAUGGAGCAGGAGCUGGAGCCUCCAGACCCCUGGUACGGGGCCGAGUCAGUGGUGACG